AUGAAGAGAGACUAUUCUCUGAAGUGGAAAAACAGUCAAGGAGCCUCUUUCGAAAAUGUUUUCCAACAGAGAACUGGUUCUGUGGCAUCCAGUCCAGAUCAUAUUGAUUUGAACGACAGAAAAAAAUCCUACCCGACCCUUUUUGGAAAAUACAGCCAGAACCUUCAAACCCUCAAACCCUUCCGCUGGUCCUCAUCUCAGUCCCACCCUCUGGACAAUGCAGGUUUCCUUUCCUUUGCAACCUUUGCCUGGAUGACCCCCAUGAUGUGGGCCUUGUUCAGAAAUAAGUUGGACCUGAGCUCUCUCAACAUAUCACCUUUGGAUGUAUCCGACACCAGCGGAGAAAGGCUACAAAGACUCUGGGAGGAGGAGGUGGCAAAGGUGGGCCUGGAGAAGGCCUCUGUGGUUCGAGUAUUCCUUCGCUUUCAGAGAACCAGGCUGAUUCUGUCCGUCAUUGCUGGUGUCCUUGCAAUGGUGGCAGCGUUUUUGGGCCCGGCUGUUCUGGUCUAUGAGAUCCUGAACUACGCUGAGGAGCCAGAGAAGUCCACUGUUGCCUACGGUGUUGGUCUGUCCAUUGCUUUGUUCGCCUCAGAGUUCUCCAAAGCCUUCAUGAUUUCCUUGUUGUGGGCAUUGAACCUGCGCACUGCAGCCAGGCUGAAGGGAGCCUACUCUUCAGUAGCUUUUCAGAAAGUCAUCUCUCUGCGGCUGCACACCGGCAUUUCAAUGGGAGAGAUGAUUGGUGUUUUGACCAACGAUGGCCAGAAAUUAUUUGAUGCAGUAUUGUUUGGGAGCUUCGUGGUGUCCUGCCCAGUACUCUUUAUUGUGUGUAUUGUCUAUUCCUGCUACAUUCUGGGCUACACUGCACUGACUGGAGUCAGCAUCUACCUCAUUUUCAUCCCAGUACAGUUAGGCUUGGCCAAGCUUAUUAACACAUACAGAGGGAAAACCAUAUUGAUAACAGACAGCCGUGUUCGCACAAUGAAUGAGAUUCUCAACAGUGUCAAGCUUAUCAAGAUGUACGCCUGGGAAGAUUCUUUUGAAAAGAAGAUCGCAGACUUCCGGAAAAAUGAGAAGAAAGAACUGCAGAAGGUCAGUUGUGUCCAGAACGCCAAUUCCAGCAUCACCAGCAUCAUCCCCACCAUUGCCACUGUUCUCACCUUCAUUGUACACACUUCGUUGAGCUUGAAGCUCAACACAUCGGAUGCCUUCACCACCAUCGCCAUCUUCAACUCCUUGAGGUUCUGCUUGGCUCUUAUGCCCCUGUGUGCGAAGGUCCUGGCUGAGGCUGCUGUUUCACUAAAACGACUCAGGAAAAUAUUGCUGAUCCAGAAUCCAGAGCCCUACCUGAUCCAGAGAAAGGACAGGGACUCAGCCAUUGUGAUGAAAAAUGCUACACUUUCUUGGACCAAAUCAACCAUGCAGCCAGACUCCCCUCUAAUCUCAGCCAAUGGGGAGGAGGGACACAAAGUGGAGGAGAUGUGCCAGAAUGGGAGGACUGAAACCUUACCAACCCUGAGAAACAUCUGCUUCACACUGCCCAAGGGAAACCUGCUUGGCAUCUGUGGGAAUGUGGGGAGCGGAAAGACAUCACUGAUUUCCAGCAUUUUGGAACAGAUGCACCUUCUGCAGGGCUCCGUCACAGCUGAUGGGACAUUUGCCUACGUUUCCCAGCAGGCCUGGAUAUUUCAUGGGACUGUUCAAGAAAACAUCUUGAUGGGGGAACCUUUCGAUCAGUCCAAAUACAACAAAGUUGUGGAUGUCUGCAGCCUCAGAGCUGACCUGGAUAUUCUCCCAUACGGUGAUCAAACUGAGAUUGGAGAGCGAGGGCUGAAUCUGUCAGGGGGGCAGAAGCAAAGAAUCAGCCUGGCCAGAGCUGUCUACUCCAAUAGAGACAUCUUCCUCCUUGACGAUCCGUUAUCUGCUGUCGAUGCCCAUGUGGGGAAACACAUCUUUGAGGAAUGCAUUAAGAAGAAGCUCCAAGGGAAAUCCGUCAUACUGAUUACACACCAGCUCCAGUAUCUGGAGUUCUGUGAUGACGUUAUGCUUUUGGAUGAUGGCGAGGUGCAGGAGGCUGGAAACCACCAGGCCCUGAUGAAAGCCAAUGGCCGCUACGCUAAGCUCAUUAGCAACUACCAGAUGGAACAGUCCGAGACUGAGGAGGAGGAGGAGGAGGUAUCUCCCCAAGACACUGCCCAGCCAAAGGACAUUGAGCCAAGAGAAAGCCCCGACAGGGGGUUAGUGAACCCAGCAUUUGACAUGUCGGAUGAAAAGGAUGAUGGAAUGACAGCUGACCAAAGAUCUUCUCUCGGGGAUCAGCUGGUCAGUCAGGAGUCCAGCACAGAAGGUGCCAUCUCCUGGAGAGUCUACCAUCAAUAUAUCAAGGCAGCUGGAGGCUACAUAGUAAGCUUCCUCACCGUCCUGAACAUCGUCCUGAUGAUUGGAUCCACAGCCUUCAGCAACUGGUGGCUCAGCUUCUGGCUGGGGCAGGGUGACGGGGUGAGAACCAAAUCUCUCUCUCCCUCGUCUCCACGAACAUCAUAUGUUUUUUGUUUCCCCAAGUCAUUCAAUGAGACAACUUCAGACCAAAGCAACAUCUCACAAAACCCAAACCUCAACUUCUACCAAAUGGUUUAUAGCAUGACGGUGGUCGUCAUGUUGAUAUUCGCCGUCAUCAAAUGCUUCUCCUACACUUGGGUCACCUUGAAUGCAUCCACCAAACUUCACAACACCAUGUUCAAGAAGAUUUUCUCCAGUCCCAUGAGUUUCUUUGACACGACGCCAACAGGCCGCAUUCUCAACCGCUUCUCCAAAGAUCAAGAGGAGGUGGACUCGGUCCUUCCCCUCAACAUGGACCCCUUCUUGCAGUUUGCUCUGAUUGUUCUCUUCACCAUUAUCACCAUCUCUGCAGUCUUCCCCCUGAUGCUGGCAGCUGUGGUUUUAAUGGGAGCUUUGUUCGCUCUCAUUCUCUUUAUCUUCCAGAGGAGUAUCCGUCAUAUGAAGAGGAUGGAGAACAUCAGUCGUUCUCCCUGCAUCUCUCUCACCACCUCGACCCUGCAGGGCCUCAGCACCAUCCACGCCUACAACAUAAGAGACAGACACAUACAACUGUUCAAGACUCUGAUUGACAUCAACUCCCACCACUAUUUAUUGUUUCAUUCUGGAACACGCUGGCUCUCUUUCUGCCUGGACUCCAUGGCUUCCACCAUGACCUUGUUGGUGUCUCUCUUCAUAGUGCUCAGUAAUGACUUCAUCAGUCCGUCUUUGAAAGGCUUGGCCUUGUCCUACACCAUACAGCUGACAGGCAUGCUUCAGUAUACAGUGAGGCAGGCAACAGAAGUGGAGGCUAGAUUCAGCUCGGUGGAGCGGCUGCAGGAAUACAUCACGGGUUGUAAGUCUGAGGCCCCCAGGCAAAUAAAGGAAGCCCAAGUCCCAAAGGACUGGCCGAAGAGUGGAACCAUCACCUUCCAGGACUAUACGAUGAGGUACAGGGAGAAUACCCCCAUUGUCCUGAACGGACUCAAUUUCUCCAUUCGAGCUGGAGAGAAGCUGGGCAUUGUGGGAAGGACAGGCUCUGGAAAGUCCUCUCUUGGCGUGGCUCUGUUCAGGCUGGUGGAGCCAGCAGCAGGAACCAUCCUGAUAGAUGGCGUGGACAUCACGGCCAUUGGACUGCAGGAUCUGCGCAGCAAAUUGUCCAUCAUCCCCCAGGAUCCGGUGCUAUUCAGUGGUACAGUCAGGUACAACUUAGACCCCUUCAAUAACUUCAAUGAUGAGGAGAUCUGGGCGGCGCUGGCGAAGACCUACAUGAAGGACUCGAUCUCCAGACUGGAGGGGAAACUAGAGGCAACAGUGUUGGAGAAUGGAGAAAACUUCUCUAUAGGAGAGAGACAACUCAUGUGUAUGGCUAGAGCACUACUACGUAACUCCAAGAUCAUUCUCUUGGAUGAGGCUACAGCUUCCAUCGAUGCAGAGACAGACGCCUUGAUCCAGAACACCAUCCAAGAAGCCUUCAAGGACUGCACCAUGCUCACUAUCGCCCAUCGUAUCAACACUGUGCUCCACGCAGAUCGUAUUCUGGUCAUGGACAAUGGCGAGGUGGCAGAGUUUGACGACCCAGAUGUGCUGAAGCAAAGACCAGACUCUCUGUUCUCCUCACUCCUCACUGCUGCCAACACUGUGAACACCUGA